ACGGAUGAGGACUGUGCGCAGGAGCUGCGGACGCUCUCGCUCCAGCAGGAUGUUCUUAUGUUCCAGGUGGGCUGUCUUCAGGAUGCGCUCGAGGGGGCGGAGGAGAUGCUCGCCGAAACACAGAGAGAGACGCAUCAGCUCACCAUGGAGCUGGAGCGAGAGAGAGCGAUAAGGAAAAAGCUGGAGGACAUGCUUGCCUCAUUAAUGCAGGAGAUGGAGAGGUUAAAAGAGGAAAGAAAAGCUGAGCAGCUUCAGGAGAGACACACGGGGCCUGUCAGGAUUCAGGGAGCUCCAGAAGGGACUUCAGUGGACCGAGACGAAACACUGCCCUCAGACAGCGGAGGCUCUCCAGUGCAUCUGAAUGCAGCCCCAGUGUUACAUUUGAAAAAAUUGGUCAGCCAAGCAUUUGGUCAAUCAGUGUUUGAUAAUCAAAGGCAUGAAGCUCCGGCUGGAGAGGAUAAUGAUGAGAGCAGUGGCUAUGAGGACGCGCCGUCAGAGUUCUCACCCUGUCCGUCCACUCCAGACGUAGAUGAAGAUGAUGGGAUGAAUACUAGGGAGGCCAGGAUUCGUACAAAUGAAGAUUCUUGUGCUCUCUCUUGAGUAAUUUAUAGAACGUUUCUGAUAAAUUUGUCUACUACAGAAGUAUGCCACUUUAUCCAAGUUACAUUCAAUGAAACAGCCUUUGCACAACUUUAAAAUGAAGACUACUUUGUUUCACUCAUCAGUCAACGAAAUGAUUUAGGUAAAGAUGGAAUCUGCACUUUAUAUUAGGUGUCUUUAACUACUAUGUACUAACAUUUAAAUUAAUCAUUUGAUACAAUGCACUUAUUUUGCAGAGCUUUUUCAUGCUCAAACAGCAAUAUUACACACUAAAGAGAGAUGAACAUGGAAAAGCAUAAUAGGACCUUUUUAAAGACACCUAAUAUAAAGUGUGAUCGCAUUUUGUUUCUGCUAAAUUCCAUGUCUUUUUUUGUUUGUUUGUUUUGUUUUGUUUUUUGUUUAUAUUUUUUUUCUGUUGGACUUUGUACAUUUAUGUUCAUUUUGCUAUUAAACAUAAGCUGUCAAUUUCAAGACACUUGUUAACAAGGCAUUAUUUUACAUUUGUAUGUUGGCCCUAUUGAAAAAAUAAAUUUUUCAUCUUGUAUUAAUACAAUGGAGAGUUUUUUUUUUAAAGCAUGCAGACGGCAUGACUCUGUGUUUUCACAGGGAAUUUCUUCUGUCGAGCAUUUGGCAGUGAAUCAGGACAGUAUUGAGGAAGUCAAAGUCUGAGCUGAUGUUCACUGAUUGACGAGCAGGCCGGUUCACUUGCACUUGUCAUGUAAAUCAUCAACCUAUAUCAAAGUCUUAUCCUGAUUGGUCGGUGAGCUAAGCAUGGAGUGACAGCAGGCAAAUACAGUCAAAUGAGGUAUCUGUCAAAUCGGAGCAAAAGAUAUGGACAAAAAAGGGCAUAUUUUACUUCGUGCCUUACUACGGACAAAGAGAAUCCCGGACUUGUUCACUUGUCUCUAGACUAAACACAACAGUUUUCAUCUCGAGAGAAUCAUCUCUAAAAAAUCACCCUUUGGACUUCAAGGUCAUUAAAAACAAAUAUUCCCUUUCCGACGUCACUUUUGGACACUCUUCCAGUGUCACUGUUGAAUCAUGCAGCACACAUUCAGAGCCGUCACACACUCUCCAGGGAUACUCAUCUGGAGAAUCGAGAAAAUGGAUCUUGUAUUGGUCCCGGAAAAAGUUCACGGACAGUUUUAUGAAAGCGACUGCUAUUUACUGCUCUCAACACGCAAAGGUGGCAGAUCUGCAUACUAUGACAUUCAUUAUUGGAUUGGUUCCAUGUCUACAAUGGACGAACAAGGAGCCGCUGCUGUCUAUGCCAUUCAGCUGGAUGAAUUCCUGGGCUCCUCACCUGUGCAGUACCGUGAGGUUCAGCACCACGAGUCCAGCAUCUUCUGUGGAUAUUUCAAACAGGGCAUCAUUUAUAAGUCAGGAGGGGUGUCGUCAGGAAUGAACCAUGUGGAGACAAACACUUACAACGUUCAAAGACUGCUGCAUGUGAAAGGAAAAAGAAAAGUGACCGGCACAGAGGUGGAAAUUAGCUGGAACAGCUUUGACACUGGGAGUGUCUUUCUGUUGGAUCUGGGCAAGACCAUUAUCCAGUGGAACGGCCCUGAAAGCAACAGACAAGAACGUCUGAAGGGCAUGAUGUUGGCCAAGGACAUCAGGGACCGUGAGAGAGGGGGUCGGGCAGAAAUUGGGGUGAUUGAGGGAGAUGCAGAGGCAAAAUCGCCUUUGUUAAUGGAAGUUAUGGUGAGCAUUAUGGGUGAACGGCCCUCUACACUGCCCAGCGGGACGCCUGAUGAAAUAUCUGACCAGGAGCAAAUGACAAAGCUCACCCUCUAUCAUGUGUCAGAUGCGAAUGGAUCUAUGAAGAUCACAGAGAUCGCAACCGGUCCACUAACACAAGACAUGCUGAAUCACGAUGACUGUUACAUUUUGGACCAGGGGGGAAUGUCAAUAUUUGUGUGGAAGGGGAAGACAGCCAACAAAGCAGAGAGGCAAGCAGCAAUGACCAGGGCUCUGGAGUUCAUUAAACUGAAGGGUUAUCCACUCAGUACUAAAGUGGAGUCUCUCAGUGAUGGAGGGGAAUCGGCUCUCUUUAAACAACUCUUCAAGAGCUGGACUGUCAGAGAGCAGACAGCAGGUCUGGGCCGGACACACACUGUCGGGAGAAUCGCUGAUGUCCCUCAAGAGAAAUUUGAUGCCACUAGGAUGCAUGUGAUGCCCGACGUUGCUGCGCAAGAGCGUAUGGUGGAUGAUGGCAGUGGACAAAAGCAGGUGUGGCGCAUUGAGAAUUUGGAGAUGGUGGAGGUGAAUCCUGAAAUGCAUGGAUACUUCUAUGGAGGCGAUUGCUAUCUAAUUCUCUACAGCUAUGAUGUUAACGGCAGGAAGAGCUACAUUCUUUACAUGUGGAAGGGCCGUCAUGCUUCUCAGGAUGAAAUUACUGCCUGUGCAUAUCAGGCUGUGACUUUGGACCAGCAAUAUGGUGGUGAGCCUGUUCAAGUGAGAGUCUCCAUGGGAAAGGAGCCGCGCCACUUCAUGGCCAUUUUCAAGGGCAAACUGGUGAUCUUUGAGGGAGGGACUUCCAGAAAGAGUGCCCAAGAGCCAGAGCCCCCUGUCCGCCUGUUUCAGAUCUGUGGCUCACACCCAACCAAUUCAAAAGCAAUAGAGGUUCCAGCUCUGGUAGCCUCUCUCAACUCCAAUGAUGUCUUUCUUUUGAAAAGCCAGUAUGGCGUCUACCUGUGGUAUGGCAAAGGCUCCAGUGGUGAUGAAAGAGCCAUGGCGAAAGAGGUGAGCUCCUUUAUUGGCCGAGGAUCGUCUGAGGAAAUUAUGGCUGAGGGACAGGAGCCGAAUGAGUUUUGGGAAAUUUUAGGUGGAAAAACAUCAUACGCAAGUGACAGAAGAUUACAGAUGGUUACUUCAGAUCAUCAACCACGCCUUUUUGAAUGCUCCAAUAAGACGGGCCAGUUUAUUGCGACUGAGGUAACCCAGUUUGCACAGGAUGAUCUGAGAGAGGAUGACGUAAUGCUUUUGGACACGUGGGAUCAGGUAUUUCUGUGGAUAGGAAAUGAGGCAAAUGAUGUGGAGCGUCGGGAAUCUGUGACAACUUGCCAGGAAUACCUGCGGACUCAUCCUGGAUCCCGAGACCCCGACACUCCUAUAAUGAUUGUGAAGCAGGGCUUUGAGCCCCCUACCUUUACUGGUUGGUUCACUGCCUGGGACCCUACAAAAUGGAGUGGUGGCAAAACCUAUGAGCAGCUGAAGGAGGAGUUAGGAGAGAUUACAUUGCCAGCUAAAGUUGAAUCUCAAUCCUCUGGUGUAGAGAACAAAAGCAUCUCACAAUAUCCACCAGAAAUGCUGAUUAACAAACUGGCUGGAGAACUACCGGAAGAUGUGGACCCCACGCAGAGAGAGAAACAUCUCUUUGACCAGGAUUUCCAGACCAUAUUUGGAAUGUCGAAAGAAGAAUUUGACAGUUUGCCUCAAUGGAAAAAGAAGACCAUUAAGAAGGAAAAAGGACUGUUUUGAAAGCCGUAUAUAUGUUUUGUUGGUGCUGCUAGUGGGAGCAGGGAACUGAGACACAUUUAGCUUUCCCAUUUAAAGAGAAAAGUUAAUUUAAAUCUUUUGUCAUAAUUGAUAUUACUAAUUGUGUAAUAGUCAAUAUUUUCCAGAGACAAUGAGCAUAUCACAGUUUAAUUUUUGCUGUUUUUGGAUGUAAGCAAAAUAAAAUAUGUAUAUUUACAGUU